AUGAAGAUAAUUAGUUGGAACUGCCGAGGGCUUGGGAACCUUCGGACAGUUAGAGAGCUUUGCCGCUUGGUAAAGCAAAAGCAGCCCAUUAUGGUUUUCUUAAUGGAAACCAAGUUACGAAAGGAGAAAAUGGAAAGCAUCCGGUGUAAGCUCGAGUUUGCAAGUAUGUUUGUGGUUGAAAGCGUGGGUAAGAGCGGUGGUAUGGCUUUAUUAUGGGGUGAGGAUGUUAAUGUUACCAUCCAGAAUUUUAGUCAACGCCACAUUAACGGUGUUGUUAAAAUUUCGGACGAUGGGGUACCAUGGAAAUUCACUGGUUUCUACGGACACCCCGAGGUAGCAAAACGAAGUGAGUCAUGGGCUCUACUCCAACACCUUUCAACUUUGAACCCAGCCCCAUGGGUGUGUAUUGGAGAUUUUAACGAGAUAGUUACAAGCUCGGAAAAAUGGGGUGGUGGAGAACGAGCACAACGACAAAUGUUCGGGUUUCGUCAAGUGCUAGAAAAUUGUGGACUCUCAGACCUUGGGUUUCGGGGCCCAAAAUACACUUGGAGCAAUUGUCGGGAUAAUCACGAAUUUACUAAGGAGAGGUUGGACAGGGGUGUGGCAAAUCUCAUUUGGCGCGAUUUAUUUCCGGAGGUGGAGGUGAUGGUAGAAAAUACGGUCUGCUCUGACCAUACUCCCUUGAUGCUGUGCUUGAAAGGAAUAAGAAGGAAUGGGAUGGGACUAAGGAGAUUUCGUUAUGAAGCGGCCUGGCGCAGUGAGGAGGGUUUACAAAAAAGGCUCCAAGUCCUCCAAGGGCGUGAAGAACACGGGGUGGGUGAAGAAACAAAAGCUGCAAAAAAGGAGCUGGAGCUGUUGCUGGAAAAAUCUGAUAUUCACUGGAAGCAGAGAGCUAAAAUAGAUUGGAUGCGACAUGUGGAUCGGAACACAAAAUUUUAUCAUGCCUGUGCAAAUGCUCGACGGAAAUCAAACACCAUUUAUGUCAUAAAAGAUGCAGAAGAACGGCUGUGUACUGCAGAGGUUGAGGUACAAUCGGCUUUUAUCAAUUAUUUUACUGAUUUGUUUACAUCUGACAGUACAGGGAACACAAUGCAUUGUCUAAGGCCCUUGAAUUGUUGGGUCACUGAGGAGAUGAACAGAUCACUAUUGCAGCCAUUCACAGAGGAAGAGGUAUUAUUUGCUCUUUCAAAUAUGGCCCCUUUAAAAGCACCGGGCCCAGAUGGGUUUCCAGCAGAAUUUUUCCAGAAAAAUUGGCAUAUUGUGGGGAAGGAUAUUUGUAAUGCCAUUCUUGAAUCAUUACAGUCUGGGAGUAUGCCUGAAUUUCUUAACUUCACACAUAUUGUCCUAAUCCCGAAAUUAAAAAAUCCCUCUAGUGUCUCAGACUAUCGCCCCAUAAGUCUCUACAAUGUGAUAUACAAGUUAAUUUCCAAGAUGCUAGCAAAUAGACUAAAGAAGAUUUUGCCGCAUGUAAUAUCUCCGGCCCAAAGCGCCUUUAUCCCAGGGAGAUUAAUUACUGAUAAUGUACUGGCGGCGUAUGAGACACUCCAUACCAUGCACACACGUAUGAAGGGUAAGCAAGGAUUUAUGGCCAUAAAGCUCGACAUGAGCAAGGCUUACGACAGAAUGGAAUGGGGUUUCCUUGAAGCCGUUAUGCGGAGGCUGGGGUUUGAUUUACGGUGGAUCAAUUUAAUUAUGAUGUGUGUUACAACUGUGCAAUAUGCUGUUGUUGUCAAUGGGAGGCCAUGCGGACGGAUAAAACCACAGAGGGGAUUGCGACAAGGGGAUCCCAUUUCCCCCUAUCUGUUUAUUCUCUGUGCAGAGGCCCUGAGUGCUAUGUUGUCACAGGCAAAUGAAGAGGGAGCAUUAACGGGGGUUGCCACCUCCCGGAGGGGACCUCGCAUAAGCCAUUUAUUUUUUGCGGAUGAUAGCCUCCUCUUUUGUAAGGCUAAUCUUCCGCAAUGGGACCAUCUCACUAGUGUACUUCGAGCAUAUGAAGAGGAUUUGGGACAGAGACUCAACAACAACAAAACAUCGCUCUUCUUCAGCUGGAAUACAUCACGAGUGGCUAAGAGAGCAAUUCUGGAAGCCUCCAGCCUCCCAGAUACCCAAAGGUAUGAUACUUAUUUGGGACUCCCUGCUUUAGUUGGGAAAUCUCGGAUGGCUGCUUUUAAGAGGAUUACUGAUCGUGUAUGGAAAAGGCUUCAGGAUUGGAAGCUGAAAUUCCUAUCACAGGCAGGUAAAGAAGUUCUCCUGAAAGCAGUUAUUCAGGCCUUACCAACUUACUGCAUGAGUGUUUUUCUUCUUCCUCGUGCUCUCUGCAGGGAGAUAAAUUCACAAAUGCGUAAGUUUUGGUGGGGCCAUAAAGAGAAUGAUAGUCGGGCUCUCUUGGCCAAGCAAAGUUGGAGGCUAUGGAAUCAACCGGAUAGUUUGGUUGCAAAAAUAAUGAACGCCAAAUAUUAUCCGGAUUGUUCUAUUUUGGAGGCGAAGAUUGGACGGAGGCCUUCCUUUGCAUGGAGAAGCAUUCAGAGCUCUUGUGAACUCCUCAAUGAAGGUUUGAUUUGGAGGGUGGGUAAUGGCUGUAAAAUAAAUAUCUGGAAGGAUAGAUGGGUCCCGAUACCUACUACUUGCAAGAUUAGUUCACCACCUUCGUUACUAAAUCUGGAUGCGAAGGCCUCCUUUAGAAGCUCUUUUUUCCAAAGUGGAGAUAGUGAAGCUCUUUUUUCCAAAGAGGAGAUAGUAAAGAUUCUGGAGAUCCCCACCAGCUGCACUAACCAAGUGGAUUUGCUUAUUUGGAGGGGUACAAAGAAUGGGAUAUUUUCGGUUAAGAGUGCAUAUCAUCUGCAACAGGAGAGGGAAGUUUCUGCCAUGGCCUCAAGCUCUACUCCAAAUAUAGGGGGUGCAGUUUGGAAGAGAUUAUGGAAACUGCCGGUGCCCCAGGUGGAGAAAAAUUUUCUGUGGAAGGCAUGUCACAAUAUCCUCCUGACGCGGGAAAAUCUAUACAAGAGAAAGAUAAUUUCAGACCCUCUAUGCCCGGUUUGUGGUCUUGAAGUUGAGACGGGUUUCCAUAUUUUGUGGCAAUGCGCGUCGGCUAUGGACGUGUGGGCUAUGGGGCACAAAAUUUUUCAAAAGAGCUAUUUUGCAGGGCCAGAAUUUCUGCAGGUGGUAACGUCCCUGUUUGAGAGUUGUUCUCAGGAGGUGCUGUGCCAAUUUGUGGGUCUGGCACGUAGAAUUUGGCUGCGGAGAAAUGAGUUGGUUCAUGGGGGUUUAUUCUCACACCCUAAACUUCUCAUGGAAAAAACUGAGUUGGCUAUUCAGGAAUUUAAUUUGGCCCAGGCUCGGGGAGAACAGAGUAUGCCUCUCAGUGUGGAACCGGCUGGAGUACGUUGGUCUGCUCCUUUGCAGGGAUGGGUAAAAGCUAAUUGGGAUGCUGCUUUGGACAGGAAGUCGGGCUGGAUGGGGCUGGGCGUGGUGAUUAGAGAUUCACAGGGCAACAUGGUGGCAGCAAGGUGCGAGGUCCAGAAGGGGAGUUUGGUCCCGGCAGCAGCUGAGGCGCAGGCUUUUCUUUUGGCUGUGCAAUUAUGCCGCGAGCUGGGCCUGGAGCACGUCCACUUCGAAGGAGAUGCUAAAGCUGUCAUUGACUCAGUAAUCUCAGAGCAAGCAGAUUAUAGUUAG